AUGGGGGGCUCUAGCCAGGUCAAGUGCCAUCGGAGCCCCAGCAGCAGUCUCAGCCCACCAGGCAGGCACCGCCGCAGUCUCCAAGCCGGUUUGCUCGUCAGCGGCCGCCGAAAGCCAACUUUCCUGGCGCGGAGGGGGAGGCGGGGCCAGAGCUCCGGCAGAGCCAAUGAGAGGCGACCCAGUGCACCGCUCCCGCGCGGCGGCCAAUGGGCGUGGGGGUUGUGGCCGGAGCCUCGGCCCAGACGCGUUUAUAACCAAGUCCUCGGAACGCGGAUCCCGUGGCGCGCGGCUGUGGUCUGUGGGUUCGCGGCCUGGCUGCCCGUCGCGCCUGGAAACUCUGGCUCUGGCCGCGCAGUCGAUCUCGCCUCCGCCGGCCCGUUCGCCAUGGAGUCUCUGGCCUGCCCGCGGCGGCUCGGCUCCGCCUCGGGGCCCGUGGAGCCGGCCGGGCUGAUCAAGUCGCCCAAGCCCUUGAUGAAGAAGCAGGCGGUGAAGCGGCACCACCACAAGCACAACCUGCGUCACCGCUACGAGUUCCUCGAGACGCUGGGCAAAGGCACCUACGGGAAGGUGAAGAAGGCGCGGGAGAGCUCGGGGCGCCUGGUGGCCAUCAAGCUGAUCCGAAAAGACAAAAUCAAAGAUGAGCAAGAUUUACUGCACAUUCGGCGGGAGAUUGAGAUCAUGUCAUCGCUCAACCACCCACACAUCAUUGCCAUCCAUGAAGUGUUUGAGAACAGCAGCAAGAUAGUGAUUGUCAUGGAAUAUGCCAGCCGGGGUGACCUGUACGACUACAUCAGCGACAGGCAGCGUCUCAGUGAGCGUGACGCCCGCCACUUUUUCCGGCAGAUCGUGUCAGCCGUGCACUACUGCCACCAGAAUGGGGUUGUCCACCGAGACCUAAAGCUGGAGAACAUCCUCUUAGAUGCCAAUGGAAAUAUCAAGAUUGCUGAUUUUGGUCUCUCCAACCUCUUCCACCCUGGCAAGUUCCUGCAGACUUUUUGCGGGAGCCCUCUCUACGCCUCGCCUGAGAUCAUCAAUGGCAAGCCCUACACAGGCCCAGAGGUGGACAGCUGGUCCUUGGGGGUUCUCCUGUACAUCCUAGUACAUGGCACCAUGCCCUUUGACGGGCAAGACCAUAAGAUGCUGGUGAAACAGAUCAGCAACGGGGCCUACCGGGAACCGCCUAAACCCUCUGACGCCUCUGGCCUGAUCCGGUGGCUACUCAUGGUGAACCCCAGCCGCCGAGCCACCCUGGAGGAUGUGGUCAGUCACUGGUGGGUCAACUGGGGCUACACCACCUGCAUUGGCGAGCAGGAGGAAGCCCCCACUGGCAGCGACUCGGGUCGGGCCUCCAUGGCUGACUGGCUCCGGCGCUCCUCCCGUCCAGUGUGCAGCUUCUUCAGGCAGCACGCAGGGGCUGGCACAGGCCUGGAGCGCCAGCACUCCCUCAAGAAGUCCCGCAAGGAGCAUGACAUGGCGCCACCACUCCAGGGGCCCCCAGUGAGUAAUACCUCUCACCCCAGCAAGAGCGACCUCAAGCAGCCCAAGGGCAUUCUCAAGAAAUUCUCAGCCCCCUUGGUGGAGGUGAGAGGGGACACAGAGCUGAACUCUGGCCAGGCCAUCAUCCAGCCCCCCAGGAAAGGCAUCCUGAGGAACACUCAACAGCGGGAGUCUGGCUACUACUCUUCUCCAGAGCCCAGUGAUUCGGGAGAACUCCUAGAUACAGACAAUUUGCUUGCUAGGGGCGCUGCAGUGGAGCAGAAGCCCCUGCCAGACUCAGGGCCUCUCCUGCACCGCAAGGGCAUCCUCAAACACAACGGCAAGUUCUCCUGCACAACAGGGGACCUCACAGUGCCCCCCACCUUUGGCUCCUUAGAUGAACUGGCUGCAUCCCACCCACCAGCCCGGGCCAGCCGUCCUAUGGGCGCCAUGAGUGAGGAGAGCAUCCUGUCCUCGGAGUCCUUCGACCAGCUGGAUCUACCCGAACGGCUUCCUGGGGCUCCGUUGCGAGGCUGCGUGUCUGUGGACGACCUCCUGUGCCUGGAGGAGCCCCCCUCAGACGUCCCUGGAAGCAGGGCCCUGAGGCGCUGGCGGCUGGACCCUCUGGGAGACAGCUGCUUGUCCCUGCUGGAGUGCCAGGAGGUGACUGAGGCCUAUCGGCAGGCCCUGAAGAGUUGCACAAAGCUCAGCUGAUGGGGCUGUUGUCCUAUGGUAGGCAGGCUUCCUUCCCUGGGUGGCUGCACCCAAGGAGAGAAUGACUUUUCCCCUACCAGGACUGCCAGAUCAGCGCAGGGACCACACACCGACCCGUGCCCUUAGGAGGCAGGUGUGGACUGGGGAAGGCAGCCUGUGUCCAGCCCUAAAGACCCAGGACAGUGGAGAAGCCGAGGGAAGCCCAGGCCACCCUGCUGCCCAUUCUUACCCUUGCUGGACCCGCCCUGCUCAGCCGCCAUCUCACAGCAAUAAAAACUAGGCCUGGAAUCUUCUUGCCAAGGGAUACAAAAACUUCCCAUUUCCACCCCACCAACGCUAAUAGGGGACUUUGCAUCCCCUAAAUGUAGGGUUCAGUGAGAGGUAUUUUGCCUGGCAGUAAGACUGUACAACCUGGUUUCCUCUAAGGUUCUCUGUCCUUCCCUACCCUCGGUUCCCUGUGCAAGCCUAUCAGAAGUGCUGCUGUGAAUCUAGAAGACUUGAAAAGACUCCAGCUACUACUGAACCUCAUCCCAGGGACCCCAUACCCUGGGUCUGCCAUGUGCCUCAGACACACUGAACUCUGGCCUCUAGGCCACCUUGCUACUGAAAUCAUGUGCCCAUAUGUCUGUCUGGCCUUUCAGGUCCCCAGAAUACCCUUAUUUAUUUUCAGUGUCUCAAUUGUGUAUUCUCUUGGUGUUUUAUUAUUAAGUGAACCUUGCCCACUUUAAAUGUGAAUACUUUGUUCUGGGGAAAUCCUCUCUGCACUCUGGUUCUGUGCACAGAAUUAUUUUGGUAUAAUUUCAUACUCAUAUUGGAAGGGAGGGGUCUUUAAUAAAUCCUCAUGGUCAUUGCACUGUCAAA